AAAAAAACCAAUCCAUAUAGCAAAAGAAAGAAGACGUAAGAGAACCCAAACCCUAAUUUAGAUAUCUCAUCAUCGACGAUUUAAGCUUCCUCCGUCUCUCUUCUCCUCGCCGAUCUGCUCUAUACUGUAUCGUCUUUGCAGGAUGGCAGAUCGAUUGACGCGGAUUGCUAUCGUGAAUAAUGAUCGCUGCAAGCCAAAGAAAUGCCGACAAGAGUGCAAGAAGUCUUGUCCUGUUGUCAAGACUGGGAGACUUUGUAUCGAGGUGACUCCUACUUCCAAGACUGCUUUCUUAUCAGAGGAGCUCUGUAUAGGAUGUGGUAUCUGCGUGAAGAAAUGUCCAUUUGGAGCCAUUCAGAUUGUCAACCUUCCCAAGGACUUGGAGAAAGAUACAAUCCAUCGCUAUGGAGAAAACUCCUUCAAAUUGCACAGGCUUCCAGUUCCAAGGCCAGGACAAGUCCUAGGGUUGGUUGGAACAAAUGGUAUUGGGAAAUCUACGGCUCUCAAAAUCUUGGCUAACAAACUCAAACCAAAUCUUGGCAGAUACAGGAAUCCUCCUGACUGGCAAGAAAUCUUGAAUCACUUCCGUGGCUCAGAGCUUCAAAGCUAUUUCACCAGACUCGUAGAAGAGGAUCUAACGGCCGUUAUAAAGCCACAACAUGUAGACCAAAUAAAAAAAGUUGCUCGUGGUAAGAUUGGGGAGGCACUUGAGAAGCUGGACGAGAGAGGAAUGAUGGAGGAAAUUUGUGCUGAGAUGGAGUUGACCAAGAUUCUUGAGCGUGAAGUAAAAGAUGUAUCUGGUGGAGAGCUUCAGAGGUUUGCGAUUGCUGCGGUUUUCCUGAAGAAGGCAGUGAUAUACAUGUUUGAUGAGCCAUCCAGUUACCUUGAUGUGAGGCAAAGACUCAAAGCUGCUCAAGUUAUACGCUCGCUCCUCAGGCCUGACAGCUACGUUAUUGUGGUGGAGCAUGACCUCAGCGUCCUUGACUAUUUGUCGGACUUUGUUUGCUGUUUGUAUGGCAAACCAACAGCAUAUGGUGUGGUGACUCUCCCCUUUUCGGUCAGAGAGGGAAUCAACGUGUUCUUGGCUGGUUUUAUCCCCACAGAAAACCUGCGUUUUAGGGAUGAAUCUCUGACCUUCAAGGUAUCUGAUACUUCACUGGAGAGUGAUGGGGAAGUGAAGUCGUAUGCAAGAUACAAAUACCCAAACAUGAGUAAGACAAUUGGUGAUUUCAAGCUUGAAGUGAUGGGAGGGGAGUUCACAGACUCUCAGAUUAUUGUAAUGCUUGGGGAAAAUGCUACAGGGAAAACUACCUUUAUCCGGAUGCUGGCAGGUGCAUUCCCAGAUGAAAAAGGGAUCCCAGUGUUUAACGUGUCGUACAAACCACAAGGGAUUGAUUCCAAGCGCGCGUGUACUGUGAGACAGUUGCUGCUUGACAGGAUCCGUGAUGCAUAUGUGCAUCCACAGUUUGUGUCGGAUGUAGUGAGACCGCUCCAGAUUGAGGAGCUGUUGGAUCAACAGAUAUGUGACCUCUCAGGUGGAGAGAAGCAGAGAGUUGCCAUAACUCUAUGCCUUGGGAAACCAGCAGACAUCUAUCUGAUUGAUGAGCCAAGUGCGCAUUUAGACUCACAGCAGAGGAUCACAGCUUCAAAGGUGAUCAAACGGUUCAUCCUUCACGCCAAGAAAACCGCGUUUAUCGUGGAGCAUGAUUUCAUUAUGGCGACCUAUCUUGCGGACCGAGUCAUUGUGUACGAAGGCCAGCCAUCCGUCAAGUGUGUUGCUAAUUCUCCACAGUCGCUGCUCACCGGAAUGAAUCUGUUUUUAUCGCACCUGAACAUCACAUUCAGACGGGAUCCGACUAACUUCAGGCCAAGGAUCAACAAAUUAGAGUCACUCAAGGAUAGAGAGCAAAAGGCUGCAGGGUCAUACUACUUCCUUGACGAUUGAUUGGUUUUUGGGUAAAUUAAAGAGAGAGAGAAGAAGCUUAUUUACAUGCCAGAUCCAGUAUCAAUAAUUACCUUCUUAGACGUUUGAUUAAUUUUUGGGUAAACUAAAAAGAGAGAGAGAGAAGAAGAAGAAGAUUAUUUACAUGCCAGAUCGAGUUUCAAUAAUUACCUUUGAAUUUGGUGGGUUUCAGCAUUAUUAGUUCUUGCAUGUAUAAGAUGUGUAGUUGUGUAGUUACACAUCCUUUUGAUCAGUGUUUGAAUCUCAGUAUGCAACUGCCUAAAAGCGAUACUUUUGUCGCUUUUGUGUAUUUCCAAUUUUAAAUUUCUU